AUGUCAAGCGGACUGAACCAACAAAGCUCCAACUCAAGCUACUUUCAAUCCAGCACUAUGGAUACAUUACUAUCUUCUUCCCAACCAGCCUGCUCACUUACGCAAGACAAGCCGUUCCGGUUCCUAGACCUUCCCGCAGAACUACGAUUCAUGGUCUACGAGGAGAUCGAGACCUCGACAUGCCACUAUCGACUCAGGGAUCCAACAUUCAAGCCUGAAUCUGAGGAGCAAACGACUCAAGCAUCAUACAUGACGCUUGCUGUGAAGAGCCUCCCAGUAGCCCUACUAGCUACCUGCCGUCUCAUUCAUGAAGAAGCAGCACCUUUCCUUGCCCCCAAGCUAGAGACGCUACGUGAUGAACCCUCACAUUUCAUCAUCGACUCGACAAGCCUUCACAGCUUCGUUAACAAUUAUCGCAGCAUUGGCACGAUUCUCAAGAUACAUGAGUAUGACGAAAUCACAGAGGAUUGGUACAGCCUUUGUGCUAGCAAAGAUCCUGAAACCUGGAUCCCGCGCCAUUUCGACAUAGGAUGCACUUACGAUCCGCAAUUCCAUAUCUUCUUACGCGGCUCCAAAGAACAUGCCACCAUUGUCGAGUUCUACAGAAAAUGUCUUGAGGUCCGACGACGCCGAUACACUACAAAGACAGUGAUCACCGUUCGUUAUCGUCCUGGGUCACCAGCAGAUCUCGUCGGCGACUUGAACUUCAAUACGUGGCUGGCGGAUCGGGCGAGAGAUGGCUUCGAAUUGCAACUUAGUGGAUUCGGCCCCAACGAUGUCUUGAUUGCAUUGCGGAUUCCAAUUGUAGCUUAUCUAACUGGAACACCCAGGGUGGGUAUCAAUCCGCUUUGGCAGGUCAGAGAGAUUUCGGAUGCGGAGUGGAAGACAGUGUCAGCAAGGGAUGGCAUUGUUGAUGUGAAUGGAGAGGGUGUACCACAGCCUAAUGUUUUUAGAGAGCUAAUUCUCUCAGGCAUCAUGAAGAUGUGGGCUUUAUUAGGGGUGAAGUAG